AUGCAUGAGGAUAGGGAUCUAAAGACUGAUGUACAUAUUCUACAGUCAUAUAUCAAGAAAUACUCCAAAUGGAUUGAAACAUCAUUACCAGAUGCUCUGACGUCAGUAGUUAUUAAACGGAAAUUUGGAGUCUUUAAUCUGCGAGUUGAAAACUUUCAGACAUUAUUUAUCCGAGUUCCACCCACCAAGCUGUUUACUGACAAUGAUAACUAUUAUUAUAUACAGGUUCCCAAGCUUGAUGCCGACAUUGCUGGUGUUUGGGCAUGUAAAUUGUUGUGGCAGAAACGUGGAAAUUUUACUUUCCAAAUUCGUAACAUGACUAUAACAGUUGGUAAGAUUAUGCCUCUCCACUAUUAUGGACUUCCAUUUAUUCAUCCAAUAGUUAAUUGCACGUUGGAUUUCGAACAGUUCAGAUCCACAAUUAGUAAAUCUGUGCUCUGUCAUCGAGUUCUAAGCACAUUUUUAAAUAAACUUGUUCAUUUGGAAGUUGAGAAUAUCAUUUCUCACGUAGUAGUGGAAACUUUUAAUUCAUUUUUGAUGCACGGAAUUCGCCAGAUAUCAAUGCGCCAUCUUCUUCCUACAGGGUCGGUAUUGAAUAAUAUGAUGGUCAAAAAACCUGAAGUUAUUUCUGGUGGAAAUGUCGUGACAUAUCAUGCUGGAUUACUCGAAGAUGAAAACUAUGAUAGUGAUUUACAGAAGAACACAUUUAGCAAUCUACAGUUUCCAGCUCGAGGAGAUAUCAUUUAUGGAAUCAGCAUCAGAAUGGUUUCAGAAGUUAUCAGAGCAGCAUACAGUCACUCAGCAUUUGAAUGGAAUUUUGCCAGUGAUGGGUAUCAACUUCGUGCAAGAUGUACAGAGGUACCCAAAGUUUCAGUUAGCAGAAAUUAUAUUGAAUUAAAAUUGAAGCAGAAUUAUCAGUUCAGUAACAGAAGUUUCUACAUGCACUGGGAUGUGCAUGAGUUCAUAUUUUUCCUUAAAGUUCAUUACAGUCACAGUCCUCGAUUACAUUUGCAAGUAGUAAAUUCAUCGGCAUGGACAUGGAAUUUUUCCAAUCCCGAAGUUGAAGUCCGUUUUGUGUCCAAGGUACAGCGCCGUAUCGCUUCACUCGUUUCAAAUCAACUUCUAAUACCACUUCCAAUGAUUCGAAACGUUAUUGCUCGUGAUGGUGCUAUUACUUUCUUGAAUGACUACAUUCUUUUCGUUUCUUUUGUAUCAUUAGUCUAA